AUGCAUAUGACCAAUCAGCCUGUCACGAAUCACGGUUAUUAUAAUACAAUAAAAGCAAGUACGGCGGUUUUGGCCGCUGUUUCCGAAGGGGUCCUUAUCGAUAAGGAAUCCUAG